AGCAGCAGUGCAAAACUUCCCUGCCGGUGUGCGUUUGCUGUGGAUGGAGGUGAACUUCGGCCUCAGACCUGCAACGGGAAAGAAUGGCCAGCAGUCCUGAGAAUAACGGAUCCCUCUCCAUUCAGAAAGGUACACGCUCAGAAAGUUCCCAAGCAAAGAAGUCCCAGCAUGCAGAAGAAGCAAUCUUUUACAUGAACUGCCGAGCAGCUUACCUGACUGUUUUAAAAAGCAGUUUAGAAAAUAUUAAAUCAAAAGAACAACUCCUUUUAGUACUUCAACAGGCUGGAAGAAAUCCAUCUCAGAAUACAGUUAAUAAAUAUUGGACUUCACAAACGACUACACUGAAUUUUGAUGAUUUUUGUACUAUUUUAAAAAAAGAAAAACCAGCUACAAAAACUGAACUGCUCGAAGCAUUUGGAAGAAUAGACACAGAUAACACUGGAUAUAUUUUACAUGAUGAACUCUAUAAAAUUCUUACAACGAGAGGUGAAAAAAUGACUUGGGAUGAAGUGAGUACCAUUACUAAACAAGCUGAUUUUAACUGCAGUGGCAAACUUGACUACAACAAGUUUUGUGACUUAUACAUGACAACCAGUGAGCAGUGCUGCAAGACUGCACGAGAGAAACUGGAAUUUGAUAGUCGAUUGAGGCAACAGCAGUUUGGAAGUCAAGCUGAGACUUCCUUUGAAGGGAUCACGCUGCCAGUGUCAAAACCAUCACCAAGAGUCUCGAGGAAAACUGAUCACAAACUAGCACCAACAAAAGGUGAUAGCAGAACUCCUUCAAGACCCUCAUCAGCUCAAAGUUGCAAAGCAUCCGUUUCGACCACUAUCAGCAACUGUGCCAGUAGCAACAGAAACACAAAGCUAAUUGAGCCAGACACAAUAAAGGAAUGGCAAUGUGCACAAUCCAAAGGAUGCUUCUACUUAGAAGAUGAUGGUGAAAUCAUUAGUCACAAGUACAAGUUGCACUUACCCCAGAGGUCUACAGUAUGUAUUACCAUCAAACCUUUGAACGUUCAUCAGGUUGAAGGAAAAUCUUGUCACUGGUUGUCAGUGGAUACAGCUUUGUAUAUUCUGAAGGAAAAUGAAACCCAAGAAAAUCUACAGCUUGUGAGCUUUACUGAACAACAAAACAAAGAGAUGUUUGGAUGGAAAGGGGAGCUUGGAUCAGGCAUUUACUGGCUACUCCCAUUCACAACAGGCUGUAGGUUGAAGAAGGUAAAAACACAAUUUACUGGAGAAGCAAAACUGGUGUAUAGAGGUGAAGAUGGAGAACUGGCUCUGACCAAAGAGUUCCGAGCCGUUUUAUUGGAUAUAUUUGAAACAAUUGAUUUGGAUGGAAAUGGCCUUCUAAGUUUGGAGGAAUACAAUUUCUUUGAACUGAGAACGAGUGGUGAGAAAUGUGAUGAGGAAGCAUGGGCCGUAUGUAAGGAGAAUUUUGAUAUGAAGAAGAAUGAAUUAACAAGACAAGGAUUUAUGGAUUUGAAUCUCAUGGAAGCCAAUGACCGUGAAGGGGAUCCAAGUGACCUUUGGGUCACUUUAUUGUCUCUGGGCUACAAUAAAGCAUUAGAAAUGACAGAGGCAUGCCCCUUUGUCAUUGACAUCUAUGCAGAAAAAUGCAAACCCAGAAUUAAAGCCAUAUAUCUAGAGGGAGGGAGCUGGCAACUCAACAGGGCUAUUUGCAAGUCUGUAGUUAAUAAAGGAGAGGCCAAAGUAAUGGAUGGCUGUGAAAACAUAAUCAUCUAUACCUAUAAAGCGGGCAGGAGAAUCACUUCUGUUAUUGAAAAUAAGUCUGAAAACAAAGUGAUUAUUCAUGUCAACAACGAGCAGAGUAAGAACUGCCUAAGUAAUAGGGGACUUACUGUUUUUGCUGUGGAAGUGGCACCAAAAUCCAUGACGGUUUCUCAGCACGUGAUGCCGCUGAACGAGCAGGAAGAAUGGCUUUAUAAUUGUGUGCAUUCCCUCUUACGUUAAAUGUUCUAGUUAGAGAGCUGUUUCUUGGUAGCAUUCAGACUAAACCAGGAAUUUUUUUUUGGCAGCUUCUAGGCAAUUUCUAGUCUUGUCCUUCUCAAAAAGCUGGCAUACCGUUACACUUUGCAGAGUUUGAUUUGUUAAAGCCAAUGAAUCACAUAAGUACUUACUUAUUUCUGGUAUCACACUUCUGCUAAUGGCUUUUAAGAAACAUGUAUAGUGAUAGCUUAGGGAUGGAAUAACUAUGUAAAAUCCUUUGACAGAGUAGAGUAUUCAUCAUGUACUGUCUAACAAAAUACAUCGGCAUGAAAACAUUGAGAUGAUAAAAAUUAGUACUGUUCAGUAAUAUAGCUGACAGUUGUAAUAUAAUUGUGCUUUAUAAAGGCUGUUUUCCCUAAAUAUGCUCUUAUUUUCUAUAACGUUAUGUAGUUCCAUCACAUGCUGGAACUGUUUCACUGAGGAGAAACUUGCUUUGUUAAAUUGGUCUGAUGGGUUCCUAAUUAAACACUCUUGUGGUUUUGACAUGACAAGUAUAAAGGGG